GAAAAAAAAAAAAAUUUGUCCUCUAUUUUGCAAGUAGCCUCCUCUGCGAGCCUCGCUGCCCUAAGAGUGUGUUUUCUGAAAAAUAAUUUGUGUCAUAUCUACGUGAAAUAAUGGCUGGUACUUUAGCCCGUAAAGCUAUUGAUCAUCUCCGUAGCAAGGAGUUUAGAGAUUAUUUAAUGAGCACACAUUUCUGGGGUCCAGUAGCAAACUGGGGGCUGCCGAUUGCUGCCAUCAGUGAUAUGAAGAAAAGUCCCGAAAUCAUCAGUGGAAGAAUGACCUUUGCCCUCACCUGCUACUCGCUGCUCUUCAUGAGAUUCGCAUACAAAGUGCAGCCAAGGAACUGGCUCCUCUUUACUUGCCAUUUCACCAAUGAAGCAGCACAGCUCAUCCAGGGAGGAAGACUCAUUAAGUACAACAUGGAGAAAAAGAUGGCCAAAUCAUGAGCAAUCAUGGAGUGGGAAAGUUGUUUUGUUUUUUUGUUUGUUUUUUUGGAGGGGGGGCACCUUUCUGGUCAAGCUCUCCGACAUACUGUUUUAAUUGUUCACAGAACAUUCAAACAGUGCUUGAGUUUUUAGCUGUUGGUUGAAUUAUCUAAUUGACCUGCAGUACUAAAUGAAAUAGAAACUGAUUUCAGGCAGUUAAACUGCUCAGGCUUUAUGAACAGAUUGGAAUAAAAUUGAAUAUACAUAAAAAUUAACUUAAUUUUCAUAGGACUGUUACGCACAAUUUUUUUUAGAUAGUACACAUCAAGAUGUUCAUUGAUGUGUUCACAUAAAGAUGGAAUUAAAAAAUUUGGAGGAAUUUAUAUCAAAACAGUUGUGUGUUUUGUGUAUAAAAUGAACUUAAGAUCAUAUAUAAAAAUGA